AUGGCGGAUACAGGGAACGUUAACGAUGAUGAUACGGCCUGCCAAGAAGAAUUUAACAGUAAGGUCACUGAAGUGACGGAAGGGGUUAUACAAGCCAACCUUCCACAACUAGCUCAAGAAGUGGAAAGUCGGGUGUUAGGAGUUGUAGAUACAAUGAUGACUAGCAAAAUUGAAGAAUUGAAAGAAUUGAUUGAAGGGUCUAAAAGUAAGAGCAAGGAACGGAGGUGCACAUACAAGGAUUUCAUGUCUUGCAAUCCUGCAACGUAUGAUGGCAAAAUCGAUCCGAUUGCAUGCCAAAGAUGGAUUUCAAACAUAGAGGCGGUAUUUAUACGAAGCCGGUGUGAUAAGGAGGAUCAAGUGAUGUUCGCUACUGGUCAACUCACCUUUCAGGCGAAAGAUUGGUGGGAUGCGUAUAGCAAGGAAGUAGGUGAGGACAAACUUCAAAUGAUGACUUGGCAAGAAUUUAAGGAACCCUUCAUGAGAUAUCACUGUCCUCAGUCAGCAAUUAAUAAAAUUCAGGAGGAUUUCUUAUGCCUCCGACAGAAGAACGAGACAAUUAAUGAAAUAACCAACACCUUUUUAGAUAAGAUGAAGUUCUGUGGAGACUUUGUGAAGACGGAAAGAAUGAAGAUCAAUCGUUACUACGGUGUGCUAAGGGCAGAAUUUAGGGAAUUUAUCACUCCCUCAAAAUAUGAAACUCUGGAUGAACUCAUUAAUUGUGCUCGGGAUAGAGAACUUGAGAUAAAAAGGCAAGAGGAACGAGGUGAAAAGAGAUCCAACGAAAAGGGGGCAAGUUCAAGUCCGUCCAAGAAGGCGAAGUUUCAAGACCACGGAAAGAAGGAUAAGUCCAAGGGUAGUAUUUCUCCGUGCAAGACAUGUGGAAAACUUCAUACUAGGGAAUGCCUUUUGGGUAAGAAGGGGUGCUACAAAUGCGGUGAAGAAGGGCAUACAUCCUACAAGUGCGCUAAUAACCCGAAGACUUGUUUCAAUUGUUUACAAAAAGGGCAUGUUAAGUCGGAGUGUCCUAAACUUCAGCAAGGAUCGAAGAAAGAAGGGAAGAAUGAGAAUAGCUCUAAGGCAAAAGGAUGGAUGUUCCAAAUCACAUCCGAAGAAGCUAAGGUUCAUCCAAAUGUAGUUUCAGGUAUCUUUUUAUUAAACUCUAUGCCAAUUUAUGUAUUGUUCGAUACCGGAGCUACCAUGUCGUUUGUUUCAAGUGAAAUAGUAAAUCACCCUUCGUUUAAGAUUGAACGAAUGUCGGAACCCUUAGAGGUAGAAAUAGCCGAUAGUAAGAACUAUUUGCUACACGAGAUUUGUAGGAAUUGCAAGUUCACUAUAGAGGAUGAAGAAUUUGAUAUCGACCUCAUACCUAUGAUUUUAGGGGAAUUUAAAAUGAUAGUGGGUAUGGAUUGGAUGGCCCGACACCAUGCGGAAAUAAAUUGUAAAACUAAAACAGUGCUUGUUCAAUCUCCAAGUGGAAAGCGAAUGAGUAUACAAGGCGAGAGAAAUGUGGAAACGAAACUCUGUAGCAUAGUUCAAGCCGUUAAGUAUGUACUUAAUGAGAGUAGGGCAUACCUAGCUUACAUGGUAGAUGCUCAACAAAGUCUCCCGAAACUUGAAGAUGUUGAGGUCGUGAAUGAAUUUCCGGACGUAUUUCCGGAGGAAUUGCCGGGACUCCCUCCCGAACGAGAAAUAGAGUUUCGCAUCAAAUUAAAUCCGGAUGCAAAACCGGUAGCGAAAACACCGUAUAGAUUGGCCCCACUGAGAUGCGAGAGUUAA